GGAAGCGGUCAAUUAAUGCUGUUAUCGUGUGAUGGCAGCACGGCAGCUCUCUCCGGCCGCCGGACCAAGAAGCGAAGGAAUAACGGACGCGCCAAGAAGGGCCGCGGGCAUGUUCAGCCCAUCCGCUGCACCAACUGCGCCCGCUGUGUCCCAAAGGACAAAGCCAUCAAGAAAUUUGUCAUAAGGAACAUAGUGGAGGCUGCCGCAGUCAGGGAUAUCUCUGAAGCUAGUGUCUUUGACUCCUAUGCAUUGCCCAAAUUGUAUGUAAAACUGCAUUAUUGUGUCAGCUGCGCGAUCCACAGCAAAGUUGUCAGGAACCGAUCUCGUGAAGCACGUAAGGAUCGUACACCACCACCUAGAUUUCGGCCAGCGGGUGCCCCUCCAAGAGCUCCUCCAAAGCCAAUGUAAGAAGACUGCCUAACAUGAAUCUUCUCAAAUAAACUGUUAAAAACAA